AUGGCGGACGAAGGCCUUGAUGAGGUAGACUUCAUCGAUCUCAACCCUGAUGAUGACAAUCAUUCAGAGUCAGAUCAUGAGGAUGCGACACCUGUCCCAUCGAUUGAGGACAACGACGCCGACAACGAGUCCGCCUCAUCCGACGACGGCGAUGAAGGAGCUUUAGACGCCAUCGACAUUGAUGAUCCCUUCAAUGAUGAUGAUGAAACGGAAGAAGACGAACAGCGAUUCCGAAAUAAGGAUCCUGAUGCGGAGCUUAUGGUGGCUCUGGCAGAAGAUGGUAUUCCCAUGCACGACCGGAAUGCGCUGGCACAGUUCUACCUCGAGUAUCGACAACGCUUCCUCGAAAAGAGAGCAGAUCUGCAAGAUUGCAGAGAAUUGAACAGAGGCAGGGUGAGACACCUCAACCGACAGGUCGCGGCUUUGGAGGAAGCAGUCGAAGAAUUCUACGCAGUAUAUACUCUGAAUGCCGAGGAGAACAGCAGACUUGCUGAAGAGAACGAUGCUCUUCGAGAGUUCCUCACAGAGGACGACCUGGCCGAUUUCCCAGAGCCUGAACCACACAUUGACUUGUUAGCAUCCUUGCCUCGGCCCGUCUGGAAUAGGCUGCCAGAGAGCACCCAGGUGUACCUAAUCCAGGGGCCACGACAUGUGCUACGAGCUGGGAGCCGCCGGAAGACUGAGAGGGAAUGGCCAACCGCGGCCGAGGACUUUCUCGCAAAUAGUCCUGAAAACGUCUACAAAACCUGGGGGGAUAUCUACAAGCUCUCGUGUCAGGAAGAGAACAUGUCUUGGGCUUUCGGAGAAGGCAGACCGCCAAAAACACACCCGUACCUGAAACUUAUGCCUCCGACGAAGAGUCAGGAGGAGAGUGGAAAAGCUGGUGCUUUGGACAGUUGUACUCCUCCACCUACACCACGCGAGAGCGAGUCCUCGGAUAAAGAAGAAGAGAUUCGGCCGUUUCGCUUCCAAAGUCUUCCCAAAAAGAUCCAGCUCAAGAUCUUUCGUCAUGUUCUCGUUUUCGAUGGCGUUGUUCACACUGUGUCUCGACUCGAUCCUUACUACGAGCCAGAAUCAUUGCAUCGAAACUGCAAUGGCGAGACGACACUCCUUCAUCGGUUCCACAUUGGAAGGGAGCCUGUCUCUCUGACUUUCGGUACUAUUCAUCCCCAGAGACUUCUUGCUCCUCUCCUGCACGUCGAGCUUCUUUGGAUGGGCGCCCAAAGACUGACAUAUGAGGUUGACAGCAAGGGCAAGUAUACGUCUCGCAGAACCCAUGACUUGGCUUACCUCACUGGGGCCUGUCGUCUGAAGACAAUGGCGGUUCACAUACCAGAGUCUUCGAAGGAAUACAUGCGACGCAAGCAUGAGCCCCGGGACAUGAUCGAGUACAUGGAAAAACUCACACGAAAGCAGCCGAACUAUCGGCUCUUCCGCGCAUUGCGUACCGCCCAGGGGCUUGACUACAUCUAUUGCCUUCGUGGUAUGAAAGAAGUCACCUUCUGGGACUACGACAAAUGGCUCAAGGAGGGGGAGACCAGGGUGCCAGUCCGUGACUGGACUUUUGUUCAGGACAUCAACAAUUGUGUACGUCGAGAGAAAUCGCACCACGAUGAUCACUUCUCUCAAAUCUGCUACUUGGCACCCGUAAUGGAAGGGUGUCGUCCCAGUGCCGCGCUCGCUGCGAGACUUGAGGCAUUCGUCAAUCGGCCUACAGGGCUCCUUACACCACCGCCCGACUUGUAUCCACUACUCCAGAGUUCUGUGGGCAAUCCCAUCGUUGUCCAUGGUUCUGAUGAUGGAGAGGAUUCUGAUAAUGAGCUUGGCAGUGAAGCUGAGGAUGACAGUGAAACUGAGAAUGGCAGUGAAGCUAAAGAUUCAGAUGGUGAGAGCAAUCCUGACGACGAUGAUGAUGACGACGAUGAUGGUGGUGGAGACGAUGCUGUUGCUACUGACAAUAUCGAGACUAUUGAUAUCAGUGACGAUGAAGCUGAUGACGAGGAUGAGGAUCAUGGCGAAGCUGGAGAUGGCACGAUGGAAGUCACUCACGCAGCAGAAGCCGACAGAGUGGCGAUGCCGCCACCAGCAGCUCCUAUGCGUGAGGAUUCGCCUGGACAUGGAACAGAAUCGUCAUUGUUCGUACCCAGCGCUACCCCUGAGUCUCCCCGUCCAUUUUUUGUCCAGAAGCUGGAAACACCAUCAUCACCAGGAACCUCAUCUCACUCCGAAGGCACUCCAGCAAGAGCAAAUCGUGAGGAGAGUUGCUUGUUUGUAGGCUCUCCCCUUCCGCCUCCAGUGAACCGAGAGUCACCGAUCGACAUGACUCAGGAUAUUGACAUGCCUGAAGAUCAGAACAAACGGUCAUUUGACUCUUGCAGCAAGGAUGAUGAUGACGAUGAUUGUCGCUACAUGGGAAGCUCCCCCAAGAGGAUUAAAACUGAAAAUGGUAAGGGUGGCAGUGGUGUUGAGGGCGGUGGCAGCGGGAAUGAUGCCAAUGCGAGCUCUAGGCCUUUCAUCAUAGAUUAUGAGGAUUGA